AUGUGUCUUGAUGCCUUUGUUGAGGGAGCGGCGACUAGCGACAAUAAAGCUUAUCAAAAAUCUCCUGUUCUACGCAUAGGCAUCAGGAUGGCAUCCACCAUCGUAGGCCAAUCUGGUCGGGUAUACAUCCAGCGCGAGGUGCUCCAGGAGCGCAAAGAUCCUAGAUUGAACAUCUUCAAAGCCGAAUCUCAGGACCAGUCUUUUGUCUUCAAGCGCGUGUCCAAACCAUUCUUCGACCUGUCCUUACGCCUUGCAGCCGAAUUUCCUAACUCUCGUCGGCUCCGCAUGCAUGUUGAUCUCAACGAGGACGAAAAUGUCUUGAUCUAUCCGUACUACCAACACACUCUGCUUGCACUGCUCCAGGAGGAUUCAAACGUCUCUGAUGCAGCACGCAAGAAGAUCCUGCUGCGGACAGGAGAAGCCAUUCAAGACUUCACAGCAAGGAUUGGAUUCAUAUUGCCCGAUAACAUACUAGUCAACUGGACGCGCGACGAAGAGGGCACUAAGAUAUGUGAAACAGGGGCUCUGAUUUGGAGUACGCAUGCAGUAGGAAACGCCAUGUGGCGCAGCCCAGAAGGACAGACCGGUAGAGGUAUGUGCAAGGCAUCGGAUAUUUACUCGUUUGGACUGGUCGUAAUCUUACUGCUUAACGACUACUCGUAUCUCGUCGAGCAUGGUAUCCCACCUGAGCAAGCAGUUCUCACGCGCCACUUCGCGUACUUUGGAUCAGCGAAUGAGGGCCUUCUAAAACACGUUGAUAGCGACACAUGGUCAGAGGCACUCAAAUCGGCAUCGCAAGUGGCGGAAGAGACGUUGCAAGAGCAGCCAGUAAUGAGCUUCGAUGUGUGGGGACACGAACUGGGAACUGAAGCCCAGAAGAUGAUAGCUGGAAUGACGAGAAUUGACCCAAGAGCUAGAUUAACGAUAGACCAGGUAAUGGCGCAUGCGUGGUGGCAGGAGGUCGUUUGA